UGGAUUCCUGCCACUGACGAAGCGUCGACGUAGUGAUCACCGCGCAAACUCUUUUUUUAUUUGAAUGUUGUGCUUAUGACGUCAUUAGCAGGUGCCGGAAUCUGCAGUCGAAACGCUUCAGUGAGAGGGAGGCUAGGCGAAGUUACCCGAGUUUAAUUUAUUUUGAUUACUCUACUCAAGAGUUCAACUAUAUCGUGUUCAGUUUUUUUUUUAUUCUCUCGUGGUGUCUUUAAAUAAAUAAGGCAUGUGAGUAGAAGCGCAACAGAGAAAGGUGAAACCACGUGUGCAUAUGCCGCACUAACUGAAUUUCGCGUUGCAGACUUUCUGGACACUCUUUGAAAGUGUGGGUUUUGGGGAUUAAAGAGGAAGGUGGGAUUUGUUUCGCCAGUAUUUUUGGACCCUAUCGUUUUUUCUUUUCCCCAGAGAGCUUCUUCAGAAGAAAUCGCAGAAAUGAAUGAUGAAGAACUCGUGGCUUAUUUCAAAACUCAAAUGCAGGAAAACCCAGACGUGGCAUCAGCCAUGGCAGCCAUCCGUACGCUUUUGGAAUUUUUAAAAAGGGAUAAAGGUGAAACACUUCUUGGCUUGAGAGAAAAUCUCACCAAAGCCAUCGUGAAGUUGACCAGCGUCGACUCUUCUGUCGCAGUCUCCUCCGGCGGAGAGCUGUUUCUUCGCUUCAUCAGCCUCACAUCCUUGGAGCAUCCCGAUUUGUCACAGUGCAAAAAAGUGAUGAUUGAACGAGGAGAGCUCUUCUUGAAAAAGAUUUCUCUCUCGCGCAAUAAAGUUGCCAAACUCUGCCACACGUUCAUCAAAGACGGCGCGAAAAUUUUAACACAUUCGUCCUCCCGGGUUGUUCUACGAGUAUUAGAGAAGGCAGCUGCAGCAAAGAAGCGUUUCACGGUGUAUGUGACGGAAUCUCAACCGGACUGCACUGGACUAAAUAUGGCAGAUGCACUAAGAAAGCUACACGUCCCCGUUAUUGUUAUCCUUGAUGCAGCAGUUGGGUAUGUGAUGGAGAAGGUUGAUCUGGUGAUAGUGGGAGCUGAAGGAGUUGUAGAAAGCGGUGGAAUUAUCAACAAGAUUGGUACUUACCAAAUGGCAGUGUGCUCCAAAGCACACAACAAGCCUUUUUAUGUGGUCGCAGAAAGUUUCAAAUUUGUCCGACUGUUUCCACUCAAUCAGCAAGAUGUUCCUGACAAGUUCAAGUACAAAGCUGAUACGCUAAAGAAGAGCAACAAUCUUGCUGAGGAGCAUCCAAUGAUUGAUUACACCCCGCCAUCCCUGAUUACGCUCCUCUUCACAGAUCUGGGUGUGCUCACUCCCUCCGCCGUUAGUGACGAACUAAUCAAACUUUAUUUGUAAAAAUACAGAUAUUAUUAAUAAAGUUAAGGUAAUACA